UUGGUUUUCAAAAAAGGCUAACAAAUUGGUAUGUACAUUUCUUUUCUCCAGUCAUCUUUAUUAUUCAAUAUAUAUUUUACACCUUUUAAAAUACACCUACGCUUAUUAUGUCUAGCACCAAAGCUAACGCCAACAUUAUUGCUAGUCGUUUGCCGUCAGAUAUAUUUGCCCAAGUUUUUCCAUACCUUGUCAAAAUUUCAGAUAUAAGUAGCAGUUGGAAAACCCUUCUCCCUCAUCUGGCGGUCUGUCACAACUGGAGAGAGGCUGCAAGACCAUUCGUGUAUCGCACUGUAUAUAUCAGUUCUAAAUGCCCCGCUGAAAUUGGAAUGUGGGUAGGAGGUAUACACAAACCAAGUGUAUGUGGUAUGAAUAGUAACAUUAAACUGGCACACAUGACGGGCAACUUUAAAUAUGCAAAACUAUUACAUAUCGAGAUGGAGUGUUUGUCAUCGAUGAGAAAUUUUGUCGAAAAAAUGCAGGGAAUACUAUCAGCUCAGAACAAUGCUUGGUCAAACAUUACGGCUUUAUAUUACAAGGACAGCUUGUAUACUUUUGAGCUAUUUACGUACGAGUUGCUUGAACCAGCAAUGGAUUUGAUUGCUAAAAGUGUGCCCAAUGUUACAAAACUUAAUAUAUUUUCAAACAUUGCUUCGAUAGCGGGAACCAUUGUACAUCAAUGUCUAAUUAACAAAUUUUCAAACCAGCUUGUGUCAUUCAAAUGCAAUUCUGGUGUCAAAGUGCCCAAAUGUAAGUUCUCAAGUGCACUGACCACACUGUCUGUUUGUUUAAAUGAAAUACCAUUAACUGUAAUUUCAAGCAUCAAUACUGAUACGCUCAGGAUAUUGCAAUUAAAAAACGUUUCAUACACAUUUACUUGGCCAUACUUCAACAAUGAAAAUAAGACACAAACAACAAGAUUUCCUAAUCUGGUAGAUUUAAAGCUGUAUUUUAAGAAUGAUGUUAGCAAUAAUUAUUUAAACAAAGCAUUUUUUUUCACGGAUGGCGAGGAUUUUAUGCAGCUUCCAAUGCUUGAAAACGUGUUGCUGGUUAAUAUUCCUGUAACCCUAGAAAAGUUAUUUGCAGACAGCUCAUUGCAUCCACCUCACAAAACUAGAUUUGUGUUACCACAAGAAAAUACAGGUUCAAUCCAUCAUGAAGUUUGGAAUGACAUAAUUUUUGUCACCAUAGCGUAUGGAUUCAGGCGGUUAAACAAAAUAAUAAUACAUAAUAUUAUCUACAAAGAGGGGAACCAUCUGGUUGUUAGCAAUCCAUACUUAAGCAGAGAAAUAAUGGGGAAUAUUGGUAAAUGCCUCUCAUUGUAUCCAACCAAUAUUAGCGGGAGCAGUCUGUCCGAGCUUUAUUUGGACAAAGUAGUCAAUGUUUAUGCCAUAACUGAUAUUUUGAAGCAUCUGCCCAAUCUCAGACGUUUGGAAAUAAAAAUUUUCAAGUGCCAGCGCCGCAGGAAAUCAGAAACGUUUGCGAUAUACGAAACACUGGAAAGCCCAGUACCAGCUCUAGCCACUAAUCUUCAGACUCUUGUAAUUAAUAAUUACAGACACUUUGAAGAAGGAUAUGUGGAAAGAGAAUUGAGCAUAUUGCUUGUCCAGAUUAGAUCAUUGCAAUUACUUUGUGUUCCAGUCAAUUUUAUUGACCAAAUGCUCGAACUUACAAAGUACUAUGGCCAGGUUUAUCCCCAUGUAAAAUCACUACAGGUUACCGAAACUAAAAAUCCAAGCGGACAUAUUUGCAGACAAUAUUAUGAAUCAGAUUCUGAUGUGCCUUUAUAUUCCAAUUUUAGUGAUGAUGGUGGUUUUUGAUUCUUCUGACAAUGAUAAUUCUAGUUAUUAGGACUAUGCAUCUGGUUUUAGGUAGAAAAUAAUUUAGUUUUUUAGAUCGCGUGGUAUUAAUAAAUGCGUGUUUUAGACAAUUAAAAUAUUA